AUGUAUAUCGCGAAUUAUCUCAGUAUGCCAUUGCUGGCCGGCGUCUUUCUCAUCGGCAUAGUCCUCUAUGCCUUGGUCAACGCCUUCAAGUCUCCUCUCCGCGGCUUGCCUGGGCCUUGGUACACUCAUUUCACUCACCUCGUCCUCAAAUGGCAGAUUCUCGCUGGCAACCGCGUUCAUUACAUACACUCAUUGCACCAGCGCUACGGACCAGUCGUACGCGUUUCGCCAGGCGAGGUUGCUGCGAGCGACCUAGAAGCGUUUUCAAAAAUCCACAAAAUUGGUUCUGGCUUUCUCAAGUCGGCUUGGUACGAUGGCAUAACUCCCAACCGAGAACCAGGCAUCUUUGUAAUGAGAGACCCUCAUCAGCACGCUGCUCGAAGACGGUUGUUUGCUCGUGCUUUCAGUGUCAGCUCGUUGUUAACCAAUUGGGAGUCGGAAAUCCGACAGAAGACUGAGCUUGCGGUAAACAACAUAAAGCGAGACGCUCAAAGUGCUGGGGCAGAUGUGUUCAAGUGGUGGACCCUUAUGGCGACAGAUGUGAUCGCUCAUCUUUCAUUUGGAGAAUCAUUUCGAAUGCUGGAGCUUGGCAAGCAAACGCCUUACAUCGAUGCGAUCCAGUCGGCGCUUCUUAUGAGCGGCAUUCGUGCCGAACUCUCAUGGAUCUAUCCACUUCUCCAGCGUCUACCUUUCCAAGGGUUGAAGAAGUUACUAAAUGCUGACAACGUCGUCUUUGAUCAUGGCGCUAUUGCUGUCCAGAAUAUGCAGAGCGCAGGGGACGGCUUUAGCAAGGCGAAUUUGUUUAGUCAAAUGCUUGCUGAAUCCGAUAGCCAGGAUAAGACGAAUCUCUCAUUGUUAAGUGUACAGCAGGAAGCGGGAAAUCUCAUCGUCGCUGGAUCGGACACGACGGCUGUGACUUUGACGUAUCUCAUCUGGGCCGUUCUCAAGCAACCCCAGCUUCAAGCUGAAUUGGAGCGUGAGAUAUCAGAACUCAGUGAUGAGCUAACCUUUGACGAGCUCAAGAGUGCUCCGCUUCUUAACAGUGUCAUUGAGGAGACACUCCGUCUGUAUGGUGCAGCUCCUGGUGCUCUUCCACGUGUCGUGCCUGGAAAAGGCCUUGACGUGUGCGGUCAUUACAUCCCUCCCGGUACUGUUGUCAGCACUCAAGCGUUCACAUUGCACCGCAACGAAAACAUCUUUGAUGAUGCACAGAGGUAUAAUCAUCCUGGCUUACUUGGAAAUUGCCACGCUGACACAGCAGCAAGGUUCAAUGGUCAUCGCUUCAUGGACAAGUCUACACUGACAGCGGCACAAAAGACUGCCUUGUCUCCAUUUGGCGCUGGGUCACGAAUUUGCAUCGGUCUACACUUGGCUUGGAUGGAGUUGAGACUUGGUGCUGCGCUAUUCUUCCGUGAAUGCCGUAGCGCCACACUAAGCCCUGAGAUGACUGAUGAAAUGAUGGAGAUGGAGAAUAGGUUCUUGAUUGCACCGAAAGGGCACAGGUGCAUUGUCAAGUUGUGAUAAUGGAUUACAGAAC